GAGAGAGAGUGAAAUAGUAAAAAAAAUGGGAAGAGGGAGAAGCUCAUCGUCUUCAUCGAUAGAAAGCAGCUGCAAAAGCAACCCAUUCGGUGUCUCUUCGAGUAAUACACGGAACCUAAGCACGGACCUGAGGCUCGGACUCAGCUUCGGAUCAUCUUCGGGACAAUAUUACAACGGUGGAGAAAAUAAUGAAUAUGGAGUCGUUGCGGCUGAUCAAGAAAUGAUCAUGGAAGAAGAAGAUCAAAACGAGUGUAAUAGUCUCGGAAGCUUCUACGUGAAGGUGAACAUGGAAGGAGUUCCUAUUGGAAGAAAGAUCGAUCUUUUGUCUCUUAGUGGUUACCAUGAUUUAAUCACAACUCUCGAUUACAUGUUCAACGCCUCAAUCCUUUGGGCUGAAGAAGAAGACAUGUGUAGUGAGAAGAGUCAUGUGCUAACGUACGCAGACAAGGAAGGUGACUGGAUGAUGGUUGGAGAUGUUCCUUGGGAGAUGUUCUUGUCUAGCGUGAGAAGACUGAAGAUUUCAAGAGCUUAUCACUACUGAUGAUUUUUUUGUUUUCUUUAAAAGAAGCAAAGAUGGAAUCUACUAGGAUUAUUGACCAAUACAGUGGGAGUAGUUUUGUCAUGAUGUAAAUCACUUGUCGGAGAUUUA